UGGCUAUCUAGUCCUCUUCUUUUCUUUCACAGAGCCCAAAGUUCCUACAUACAACAAAAUUGUACAGCGGAAAAGCAAAGUGACACGCUGAUUAAGUAUACAUGGACAUGGGAACAUCAAGCAUGAGCAUGGGAGGUGCGACGGCGACUGCAACCGGGACAAUGACUGCAGUGACCACCGCUGCGGCUAUGGAUAUGGGAGGCGGAUGUCAAAUUUCUAUGCUUUGGAACUGGUAUACCAUUGACUCGUGUUUUAUCUCGAGCACAUGGCACAUUACCUCGAAUGGAAUGUUCGCUGGCUCUUGCAUUGGCGUGAUACUACUCGUCAUGUCACUAGAGUUCCUUCGUCGAGCAUCAAUAGAAUACGAUCGCUUUAUCGUCCGUCAAGCACGAAAUCAACAUCAGUACAUCCAGUCUAACGCAGAGAUCAAUCCCAAGAUAGACGGAUCCGGCCCUCAGUCGACUCAAACUGUCGUUGCUUCACAAAAAACUAGGCAAAGCUUUCGACCAGAUCUCUUGCAACAGAUAAUCAGAGCACUCUUUCAUAUGAUGCAGUUUGCAGUUGCAUACUUCGUUAUGUUGCUGGCUAUGUAUUUUAAUGGAUACAUCAUCAUCUGUAUCAUAAUUGGAGCUUUUCUAGGUGCUUUUGUGUUCAGUUGGGAGCCGAUAAAUUUGAGAUCUAAGGAUAAUGAGGAAGCAACCUUCUGUUGUGGUUAGUGAAGUUGUUGAAAGACUGAAAUGGUCAACUUAGAUCGGAUUCGGUGGCACUGUAUAGAGGUAUAGGGGAACGAAGCUGAGAAGUGUCAGGAGUUGAACGUGAAUGAGAUUCUAGGACUCAAUGUUCGUAGUGGAAUACCAAUAGAAACUAUGAUAGAAGAAUAAACGAAUAGCUGGCAAUUAAUCACACCUAAAAGGUCUAGUCAGGCAAGUCACUAAUGACCUGUAGACAUAUACCAGCAACAAUCAAAUCUUACUC